AUGGGUUACAGUCAGUGGUGGCAUCACCGAUGGAUUAAGAUCAUUGGUGUAUCUUUCAUUGCUAUAAUAAUUCUUGUAGUAACUCUUACUCUGGUGUUAAAAUUUUGUAUUUUUACUCCGGAGAAAUCAGAAACCACCAUUACCAGUACAGUAACAUCAAGAUCAACAGCAUCAACGUCAACUACACAACAAUCAGAUUGGACUAAAACUGGAAAUCUAAAUUAUGCACGACGAACACAUACAGCAUCUGUAUUAGCAAAUGGAAAAGUGCUAGUUACUGGUGGAUUUAAUAAUCAGGGUUUUCUAGACAGUGCUGAACUAUAUGAUCCAUCAACAGAAACUUGGACAAUCACUGGUAGAAUGAAUAGCGCACGUGCCGAACAUAAAGCAUCUAUGUUAGCCGAUGGAAAAAUAUUAGUUACUAGUGGAGUUAAUGAUCACGGUGUUCUGAAUAGUACUGAAUUAUAUGACCCAUCAACAGAAAUUUGGACAGUGACCAACUGCAUGAAUUAUGCACGUGUAGAACAUUCAGCAUCCGUAUUAACAAAUGGACAAGUACUAGUUACUGGUGGACGUAUUAAUCAAGAUUUUCUAAAUACUACUGAAUGGUAUGAUCCAACAAUGGAUACUUGGGCAACUAUCAGUAGUAUGAAUGAUGCACGAGCGGAACACAUAAUAUCCGUAUUAAAAAAUGGAAAAGUGUUAGUUGCUGGUGGAUAUACUAAUUUUAAUCGUUUAAAUACCGCUGAAUUGUACGAUCCAUCAACAGAGACCUGGGUCAGUACCGGUAGCAUGAAUUAUACGAGAUUCAAAUUCACAGCAUCUGUAUUAACGAAUGGGAAAGUAUUAGUUGCUGGUGGAUUCAAUUACAAUUUUAAUCGUUAUACUGCUGAGUUAUAUGAUCCAUCAACAGGAAUGUGGACAAUCACUGGUAGCAUGAAUCACCCGAGAUGGAAACACACAUCAUCCGUAUUAAAAAAUGGGAAAGUGUUAGUUACUGGUGGAUUUGAUCAUUAUCCUCUAGGCACUGCUGAAUUGUAUGAUCCGUCAACAGAAACCUGGAUAAAUAUUGGUCAGAUGAAUAGUGCACGAGGUGAUCAUACAGCAUCUGUAUUAAAAAAUGGAAAAGUAUUGGUCACUGGAGGAACUUACGAUGGUGAACCUUUGAACAGUACAGAGCUAUAUGGUUCGUUUUAG